GAUAGCGCUGGUUGUUUACAAACUCUUCGUAUAUAUGUACACAAUUGUGCAAAAUGUAUUUUUUCCCAGUUUAUUUGCAAAGAUCCAAGCGGUAACUUUGUUUAUUGAAAUAGGGUGAACGUGAAACAUGUUUCGAUUGCUCACUUCGGUAACAUUAUUUGUUUUGAGUGUAAAUGGAGAUUUCUUGACACAAGAGAGAACUAGAGGAGCCACUCUUAAACCGAUAUCAGCAUGCUGUGAUAUUCCCGAAUUAGGAGAACAAAAACAUUUAAUUGAAUGCUCCAACCCAAAACUACCGGGUCCAUGUAACGAUGUUCAAUGCGUGUUUGAAAAGUCCGGUUUCCUUGUAGACAAGCAUACUUUAAACAAAGAGGUAUAUAGGGCACAUCUCAAGCAAUGGCUAGAAGGGCACAAAGGUUGGGAAGAUGCUAUAGAAAAAGCUAUUAAAGACUGUGUUGAUAAAGACCUUAGACAAUACUUAGAUUAUCCAUGCAGAGCCUACGAUGUGUUUACUUGCACAGGAAUUGCUAUGUUAAAGAAAUGCCCGGCAGACGCUUGGAAGUGCUAAAUAUCGUUUUUGAUAACCGUCAAAUAAAUAUUUGAAUAAUAAUAUGUA